AAUCCUUACAACCAUUUGCACCUAACGAGUGGAAAAAACUGGGUAGAGAGAGAGAGAGAGAGAGAGAGAGAGAUCUCUAUAUAUUGGCCCUUAACAAGCCUCACUAGCUCAGUACUAUACAAUCCUUAAUCAAUAGACACAACAUUAUCUUUAUCUUCCUAGCUCUUGCUAUCUAUGGCUCCUGCAAAAAACAUGAUCUCUUUUCUCUUCCUCAUAAGCCUCUUCUUCUCCAUGCAAAUUCAUGCUAGAGAAAGCCAGUUUUUCAGCAAAGUCCCAAGUGUCAACACCAAUGCCCAAGAGACAACAGUCAUACCCAACAAAGAACAAACUCUGAGCAAACAAGAGCAAGAGCCAACAUUCAUUCCAGAGAGCAGUACCCAAGGCAGCUACGGACUGUACGGCCACGAGUCCAACCGGCUGCCUCCCACCACCACCCUAACCAAUGUCAAUGGCGCCCCCUACACCUCCAACCCCAUCAAUGUCCCAUUCCAAACGGAGUUUGAAGAUGAUGAGUCCUUGAACAAGUACCUCGACACCAACGACAACAGUUACGACAACAACCAGAGGAACUAUAAUAAUUACUACAACAGCAAGAACAGCUAUGAGGCCAACCAAAAUGGUCUGGUUGACACAAGGCUGACAGAUCAGAGAGGCCGGUACCCCUCCACGGCCAACCAGAACAACUACUACAAUGGUGCCAACCAGUACUACAAUGUUGAGAAGCAAGGAAUGAGCGACACGAGGUUUCUGGAGAAUGGCAAGUAUUAUUACGACAUCAACAGCGAGAAUUACAAUCCAAAUCAGUAUGGGAACUCAAGAUCAAGUGUGAACUCGAGGAUUUGGUACGGUAAUAAGGGUUAUUAUCAUGGCAACAAUGAGAACUCCUUCGAACACAAUAAGCACUCCAUGGAAGGGUACCAAAAUGAGGAAGAGUUCCAGCAGGAACAAGACGAGUUCGUGCCUUGAUCAAGAUGCUUGUCGUGACAAUAUUAAUGGAGUGCAAAGAACGAGAUUGGUUCAAAGCAUCUUCAGGGGUCAUGUGUUUGAUACUAGCUACUUAAUUCAGUACUGUUUGUUUGGGGAGAUUAAGUAGAAAAAUACGAAAUAUAGGUUAAUUUAUGCAGUGCUUGAUCUUAUUCAUGUUA